GUACGAAUUGGCAGACGCCAUCUUAGUGAUAUUUUGGCGUUUUAUGAUUAUACGAAUAUUGAGUUGAUAUUAUUGGAAAACAAUCAAGAUUUUCCAAUUUGGAAUGGAAAAACGGAACACUAAUCGAUUUUUAAUACCUGUUACCACCUAAUUCUUUUUGAAUAACAGGUUCCUCUUUCAGGAAGUUUAAGCAACUACAAGCCAGAAGAUGUUUUAUGCACAUUUCAUAUUAGCCAAAAAGGGCCCUUUGGCCAGAAUUUGGCUGGCUGCUCACUGGGAUAAAAAGUUGACAAGGGCCCAUGUUUUUGAAACAAAUAUUGAAAAAUCGGUUGAUGGCAUUUUACAGCCUAAAGUGAAAAUGGCGCUUAGAACUUCAGGACAUUUGCUCUUGGGAGUGGUUAGAAUAUAUUCUCGGAAAGCCAAAUAUUUACUCCAAGAUUGUAAUGAAGCAUUCGUGAAAAUUAAAAUGGCAUUUCGACCGGGGAUGGUCGACUUGCCCGAAGGUCACAGAGAAGCAGCAGUUAAUGCUAUCACACUGCCAGAAGUAUUUCAUGAUUUCGACACCACAAUGCCGGAAUUAAAUGAUGUAGACAUAGAGGCACAAUUCAGUAUGAAUCAAUCCAGGGCAGAAGAGAUAACAAUGCGUGAAGAUUAUGGAAACAUUGCGCUAGUUACGAAUGAUGACGGUUUUGGGGAUAUGGGGUUCGAUACAGAUGCCCCUGAUCUAAUGAGACAUACUUCGGGCAUGACUCCUUCAAUGGACCAGGGUAAUUUGUUGUUCAGUGACGGACCUCUGGACGGUGUAGGAUUAGAAAAAGAUCAAGAACCUAUACCUUCCACCUCAGGAACACAGCAUACACCAAUGGAAAUUGAUACUUCUGUGAGAGACGAUGGGUUUGGUGGAAAUUUGGAUCAAAAUAUGAUCGCCGGUGGUUUAUUCGAAGGCGGUUUAUUUGAUGAUGCGCCAAUGGGUGAAGUGCCACCCGUAGAGCCUCCUUUGCCUGAAACAUCGAAUGCGAUGGCGCAAUCCAGGGAUAGUGACGAUGAUAUGGAUAAUUUCGGUGGCCCACCCUCUGUAGGCGGUCACAGCACUGAUGAAUCAAGGCCGGUUUCUCCCAUGGACCACGCUCCGGCUGCACCGUCUCCAACACCAACUGUCAGAUCCAUACGAUCCGUCCAUCAAGAACCACAACUGGCCGAACAGCAAGAACCGGAACGGAUAAAUACUCCAGUAGAUCAAAAUAACCUCUUGCAGAGCGGCAAUAACGAAGAGGAAAGUUUUGCCUUAGCACCUGUAGAUGCCUCAGUUCUCAAAGGAUUCACGAAGACGAAAAGGAAAAGAAAACUGAUCGUCGACGAAGUGAAAAACAUAUCAGGGGAGGAGAUGAAGAAUCAGUUAUCAGACACAAGUGACAUUGUGACAACUCUUGAUUUGGCACCUCCGACCAAGAGACUGAUGCACUGGAAGGAGACCGGUGGGGUCGAGAAGUUAUUCGCUCUCCCUGCUCGUCCCAUACCGGCUAGGGCUCUUUCCAAGAAUUAUCAGAGACACCUCACGUUGAAAACUGUCAGUACGGACGAGUUUGGGGCCAUUCCCAACGAUGAGUCUUUACCUUUAGAUCAAGUGAGAGACGCAGAGGAGCAACCGUCGAUAGAGCCCCCAACGCCCGUGAGACGAGGCCGUAAACGAAAGAUCCAAGAGGAUCAUAGCCAGACCCCGAUACACCAGUCGCAUUCGGACAUCAUGACGCCCCAUCAUUCGAUGAUGCAGCCCGAGGAGAUGCUCGCCGCCAUGAUGCCGCCCACGCCCCUGUCGGUGCCCAACCUAGCCCCGCCCACGCCCAUGGCCCCUCCGACCCCGGUCGCGCCUCCCACGCCCAUGAUCCCGCAGUCGCCGAUGCCGAUGGCGCCGCCCACGCCCCUCCCCCCUUCGACGCCCAUGAUGCAGCCGCAGACGCCCCUGCCGCCCCCCUCGCCGAUGCACGUCCCGAUGCCCGCGCCGUCGCCGAUGAUGGAGCAGAUGCCAGGUACGCCUUUGAUGUCGCACAUGCAGCCCCAACAGAUGUCGCCGCACCUGCAACAAUGUAUGCCCAGCCACAUGCAGCAGAUGCAGAUGCCGCCCGGCACGCCGCAUAUGAUGCACCACCAGCCGGAGGAUAUGCACAUGGCGGGUUCCUCCAUGUACCAUCCGCAGACGCCCGGUUACCAUCAUACGUCAGCUCCCCCCACCCCCUUACAUCACAUGGAAGAGAUGCCACAGCUGCACGCGGAUCAGGUUAAAUCGAUACUUCAGGAACAGGAGCAUAUGGGCGGCAUGGUCCCCUCUAUGACUCCCCACGCCACCACGGAAGACCUGUUGGCCCACGGUAUAGGCGGGGCCACCCCCCACCACAGCGGUAUCGAACCCAGUCUUCCGUUGGAGCAGCUGGAGAAUUUGCACCAUCAUCUGCCGUCCAUGGAGAAUAUGGGCUACGAUCAGAGUCAGAUGGCCAAUAUGGGCUAUGACGACCAGUUGCCCCAACAUCCGGGUAAUAUGUCGGAGAGGGCCCAUUCUCCAUGGCAGGGAGAUUUUGACUUCCCCCAUUCGGCUGGUCCUGCUGAAGAACAACAGCAAGACGAAACGGACGAGCAGUUCGAAGAGAGGGUUUUGAACAAGAGGGCCUACCAGAUGUUCACCGUAGUGAGGGGCAAACUGGAAAACACAGACAGGAUAACGCUAACCGAGAUGUGCUUCAGGAACAACAAAAAACAGGCCGCCCAAAAGUUCUACAGUUUGCUGGUUCUCAAGAAAUUCCACGUGCUGGAGCUGGAGCAAGCGGACGCUUACGAGGAGAUUUUCGUGUCGAAGGGUAAGAAAUUCAACGAUCCUAUGAUGUAAAUUUGAUAUACCGAUGAAGGAUGGGAGGAUUGAAACCUGUAUGUAUUUUUUAUUGUACAAUGCCUUCAAAUGUUUAAUAUAUUUUCAGAAACUUAAGGUAGAUAGUGAAAGAGAAAUAUUGUACAUAAAAAUUUUUUAUCGACAAAAUUAUUAAGGGAUCAAUCAUAUUGGUUUAGUGCACCAAAGCAUUUUUAUUUCUUAUACUUAUUUUAUCGUUUACACUGAGGACGGAUGUUUAUUUGAUAAGAUUUCGUAUAUCUCCAUUACUUUUGAUGGGACUGUUUAUCGUGUUUACUUUUUUUAUUACUUUUACAUAUUGAAUCAUCUGUUAUA